CUCGCCAGUGCGGUGUCGCUCCAUGCUGGCAAGGAAGCUAUGGUGUUCCUGGGCGUGUGGCUGCAUAAGGACGACGUCGCCCAGCGAUUUGUCGCCGAAGUGUCCACCAUUGCCCACGUCAACACGAUCAUCAUUCAGACCCACACAUCGUUGCCGUUCGUCCUAGGGCACACGUUGUGCAUAUCUCGCCCUGUUAGUGCGGUGGCCGCUAACGACAUUACCCCCAGCUUCGAGGUCGCCCAACGAGCAGAAGCCCUCUUGCGGUCACGAGGCAACAAGUUCCGGAUCAUGUUCUCCUCCACCCUGGGGGUGAUGGUUUACGUUGGAACGUCAGUUAGGAACGAGCCAUCUGGGCCUAAUCAAGGGUGUGACCAGUCGUACAUGGCUGACUGGGACUUCUUGUGUAGUGGAGGUGCACCCUUAGGACCGGAGGUGCUCGACCGUGCAGAAAUGUACGCCUACAUUGUCUACAAGGACUGGCGUCAAACAGCACUUUGUCACCUACGAGACUUCGAAUUCGUUGCUAGACAAGAUGGAUUUAUACGUAGAGAAAGUUUCCGAUGGCUGGGCCAUGUUCGAGGCGCAUCGUGACAGCGCCAAGGACUGCGCCAUUCAAGAACGCUUCCAGCGUCUGAAAAUGGUGCAGUUGGCGGCACGCAAUCGAAGUCGUCGCGGAGGCCCGUGACUACGAAGGUUGACCACGUGAUGGCCCUGGCACGU